AUGAUGACCAAUCAAAAGGACAAGGAAUCAAACUUUGGGGGGGAGUUUUAGGGAGGUUACAAGAAGCUCCCUCCCUUUCGCAACCACCAACGCCCCAAAAUUUUGUCAACUCCCUCCUCUUCCCUCCUUCUCCUUCUUUCUCGCCGUUCCUUCUCCGACAUGGCGGCGAAGGUCUACUACUUUCUCGUCUGUUUCCUGACCUUCUCGUGCUUCCUCCUCCGCCGCCGCUCGGUUUUCGCGGCGCAGCAGUACGCGGCGAUCUUCAACUUCGGGGACUCGCUCGUCGACGCGGGGAACCUCUGCGUCGACGGCAUCCCUGCGUACCUCGCCACCGCCCGUUACCCGUAUGGCAUGAACUUCUUCGGCUACCCGACCGGCCGAUGCUCCGACGGACGCCUCGUGAUCGACUUCAUCGCCCAGGAAUUGGGCCUGCCUUUGCUCCCGCCGUCGAAGGCGAAGAACGCGACGUUCACGCGGGGGGCGAACUUCGCGAUAACCGGCGCGACCGCGCUCGACACCAGCUUCUUCGAGGCGCGGGGGCUCGGUAAGACCAUAUGGAACUCCGGCUCCUUGCACACCCAGCUGAAAUGGUUGGACGAGAUGAAGCCGUCCCUCUGCAGCUCGCCGCAAGAGUGCAGGGACUUCUUCGGCCGGUCGCUCUUCAUCGUCGGCGAGUUCGGCGGGAACGACUACAACUCCCCGCUCUUCGCUGGCCGCGGCAUGGAAGAGGCGCAUUCGAUCAUUCCUCACGUCGUCGAAUCGAUAUCCAGCGCAGUAGAGAAAUUGAUUGCCGAGGGGGCGGUGGAGCUGGUGGUGCCGGGGGUGCUGCCGAUCGGGUGCUUUCCGGUGUACCUGGCGCUGUUCCACAAGACGGAGGACAAAUACGGCCCGCGGAGCGGGUGCCUCAGGCACUUCAACACGCUCUCGUGGGUGCACAAUUCGAUGCUCCAGCGGGCCGUCGAGAGGCUCCGGAGCAAGCACCCGGCCGUGAGGAUCAUCUACGCCGAUUACUACACCCCGGCCAUCCAAUUCGUGCUGCAACCGCAGAAAUUCGGAUUUCUACAGCAGCUUCCGCGGGCAUGCUGCGGCACGGGGGAGGGGACGUACAACUUCAACUUGACAGCAAAAUGCGGCGACCCGGGUGCGGUAGCUUGCGCGGACCCGACAACACACUGGAGCUGGGACGGAAUUCACUUGACCGAAGCCGCGUAUGGCCACAUCGCCAAGGGGUGGCUCUACGGCCCCUUCGCCGACCCGCCGAUUCUGCGGUCACCACUCCUUUAGAGAGAGAGAGAGAGAGCUACAACACUAUAUUUUGCCAAUAAGAUUGCAUAGAAGUUGUUAGCCAAUUGUAGCAUGCAAGAUUAGAAGCGUAUGUUGUUUUGUAAUUGGCUUGAUCAUGAUCAGAUGAGAGUUACUGUGGUGAGAGAAGUGAUUGAUGAUUUCUUGAUUCAUUAAUUACAGUUGUAAUUUACAUGGUAAAUGGUGAUAUUUGAGAAAUUAUAAAAGGUUUUGCUAUA